AUGGACUACGAUCGUCCAUUCUUUGGACGAUGGAGCGUCGUCCAUUCUCUGGACGACGCUCGGUUGUCUAGACUGGACAACGCUUCGUCGUCCAGAUCUGGACGAAGCGUCGACCGUUCUGGACAAAGCGUCGACCGUUCUGGACGACAGUCGUCCUUCUUGGAUGACGAUCGUCUUCCAGAGGUGGUCGACCUCUGGACGAAAUCUUCUCAACCAUCGUCGGAAAAAGUGGUUGCAUUUCAGGGGGGAAAAGUGGCAUAUUCGGCUAAAAUUGCCAAGAAAAAGGAAUCUUGUGCUCAUGCUUAUGAUAAAGGGCUCUCUGCAAAUAAUUUGCCGGCAACCUUAAGUGUAUCUUCAAAUGAUGUAUUUUCUCCCACAAGUGAUCGACCUACUUUUAAAACCUUCUCGACUCCAAAUAGUAGUUUCAUUAUCAUUCCUGCUUCUGAUAGUGCAGUUCUAGCACCCAGAAUCACAGAUGUUUCUCCAAGCAAAUCAGUUGGUAAUUCUGUUUCUUUGGAUGAGACCGUGCUUCUUUAUGCGGACAAUUCCUAUGCUAUGGAUGUUGCCAAUAUGGAAUUUGACAUCGCAGGAAGUCUUGUAAGAGAGAUAUACGAGGAGAGAUUAAAUCGGUUGAUGAUCUUGUUGAUAUUGAUUGCACUGUCAAGGAUCCCCAAUUUUCAAUAUGAUAAGCAUUCUCAAAUAAUAGAUCUUUCCAAUGGUGAAGUCUGUGAAAUAUGGUCUGACAGUUCUGGAAUGGUCGCCAUUUUCUGCAUCCAAGUUAUUAAAUCUUCAAAUUUUCAGGCAAAGAAAAGGCCUGUGAUGGAUUUCUUGGAAAGAGUUCAGAAGGGCAUAAAUGCCACCAUGCGUGCAAUACUGAUUGAUUGGCUAGUUGAGGUUCUCCGAAUGGAAUCUGUAGUACUGAAUUUCUUGAAGUUUGAAAUGACAGUCCUCACAGCUAACUGUUUUCUGAGGCGGUUUGUUCAUGCUCCUCAAGGAGCAAUCCAAAAGAACCAAGCAAACAAGGAAACUGCAACAAGUCAAAUUCUGAAGGAACCAGAGGCUAAGAGCAUGCAGCAGAUCCUGGGGACCACCAUGUCUCCAGAAGAUGAGGUGGCACCACAUGAGUGGCUGACCAAAGCAACUCGGCUCCUGCUGGAUUACACAUUUCUGGGUAGUGGUGGUGCACAACUCCAGGUCUUAUCACUGCAGCUGGAGUGCUUGGCCAACUACAUGGUGGAAUUAUCCAUUCUGGUGUAUAACAUGCUUAAAUAUGCCCCCACUCUAGCAGCUGCACCUGCUACUUUCUUAGCCAAUUUUAUUCUUUUUCGUUCCAAGAAACCUUGGAACUCUACCCUGGGUCAUUACACACUAUAA